GCUGUUUUGGCCCCCAAUCACCCAACCCAGCGAUAGGCGCGCGCUGGCAAGGCUGUGUGGGAAUGGAAGACAAGCCUUACCGGCUGCGCUGCGCCCACAGCUCAACCGCCUGCUCCUACCAUCCCUCACGCUCACAGACACUCGCGCCUCAUGCGAUCACGCCCUGCUGCUCCUAGACCUCCAUGUGCUCAGGCGCGACGAACGCUGCCUCCUCCGUCCGGUUCAGCCAAGCGCGCACGCUUGUUCGUCUAGCGCGCCCGUUGACCUGUCUACCACGGCCAUUGCCCGCGCGCCAACGCGCUACCCAUGGCUCAGCGCCGGCUCGACGCUGCAGCGUACACGGUGGGAUGGAUAUGCGCGCUGCCCGUCGAGCUGGCGGCGGCGCAGGUGAUGCUCGACGAGGAGCAUCUGCCUCACGUCGGCGUCAGCUCAACCCAGUACACGCUGGGCCGCAUAGGUAGUCACAACGUCGUCCUGGCAUGCCUGCCGGCCGGCCAGAUGGGCAUCGGCGCUGCUGCGUUCAGCGCAGGGCAAGCCAUGUCCAACUUCCCGUCAAUCCGCUUCGGGCUUAUGGUGGGCGUCGGCGGCGGAGCCCCGAGCGCGGAGGCAGAUGUGCGACUGGGAGAUGUCGCGGUCAGCCAGCCGGUCCGACAGCACGGCGGAGUGGUGCAGUACGACUUUGGCAAAACGGGACCGGGCGGACGCAUGACGCAUACCGGAUCGCUGAACGCGCCGCCCAAGGUUCUGCUCCACGCUGUCACUCAGCUAAGGGCAUACCGCUACCAGGACAGCCAGGACAGAGGUUCUCUUGUAAUGCAUCUGUCGGCCUUUGAUCAACACCCAUACUUCAGCCGCGAGAAAGCUGGGCCUGACGUUCUGUUCAAGGCGACCUACCAUCACAACGGCGGAGCGACAUUGAGCAUCCACUAUGGCACGAUAGCCUCUGGCAACCAGGUGAUUAAGGACGGAGCCACGCGAGACCGGCUAAGCGAAGAACUGGGCGGGGUGCUGUGCUUCGAGAUGGAAGCGGCAGGCCUGAUGAACGACUUCCCAUGCCUGGUAGUGCGAGGCAUAUGCGACUACGCCGACUCGCACAAGAACAAAGCGUGGCAGCCGUAUGCGGCAGCAACGGCAGCAGCGUGUGCGAAAGCGAUCUUAUCACUCGUUUCCGCGGCAGAGGUGGUGAAGACUGUAGCAGUGGGCAAAGCUUACGAGUACCGCGUCCCCUUCAACCUCAAGGACGUGCCUGCGGGGAAGUUUGCAGAGCGGCCGAGAGACACGGAAGCGCUAGAGCGAGCGCUUCUGCCGCAAGAGAAGGUGAAGAAAAGGCGGUUGCUGGCAGCCUACGGACUGGGCGGCGUGGGCAAGACACAGCUGGCGGCCAACUUUGCGCGGCGACACCAGAACAGCUUCUCGUCGGUGUUGUGGCUAGAUGGGAGCAGCGGGAGCAGCCUCAAGCAGAGCUUUGCGGCGUUUGCGAGCCGCAUCCCAGCUGGACAGAUCCCCGAGGCCAGUAGGCUGUAUGCCGCUAAUCGGGGAGGCGACAUCGAUGCGGUGUUGAGGGACGUGCUAGGCUGGCUGAGCAUAGCGGACAACAGCGGCUGGCUGCUGGUGGUCGACAACGUCGACCGAGACGACCGACGGUGCGAAGAAGACGCGGAGGCAUACAACGUAGAAGAGUACCUGCCGGAAGCUGACCAUGGAUCGGUGCUGAUCACGACCCGUCUUCGGCAUUUGGGCCAGCUUGGAGAGCAGUGGGAGGUGAAAAAGGUGGACAAGAAGCAGGCGCAGGCUAUCUUCAAGACGUGGUACGGGAAAGGCGUGGAUCAGGAGGGCGACGAACUGCUGGGACUGCUUGAUGGGCUGCCGUUGGCCUUGGCGCAGGCUGCUGCGUACAUGAAUGAGACAGGCACAGGCUUUGACACCUAUACUCGACUGUACAGAGAGCAAUGGCGAGAGCUGAUGGAGCCAUACGACGGCAGACAGAUACCGCUGCGGAGCUACGCGAACGGCAGCGUCGCGACAACCUGGACGAUAUCGUACACGGCUGUCCGGAGAAAGAAUGAGGCGGCAGCGAACCUGCUGCUUCUGUGGGCGCAUCUGGACAACAGUAGCUUGUGGCAUGGACUGCUCGCCGCUGCGUCGCACAAGUCGGCUGUGGUUGCAGAGCAAACAGCGGCAUGGCUUGGAGAGAUGGCGCGCAGCGAGGUGGAAUUCACUAAGGCCAUUGGCACGCUCCGGAGCUACUCUCUGGUGGAGGAGGCGGGGGACCAGACAGGCCAUUCUACGCACCCGGUGGUGCACCAGUGGGCGCUGCACGUGCAAGACGACAAGCAACGGACCGUGCUGUCGCGGCUGGCAGUUGUGCUUGUUGGGCUCGCGGUGCCAAUGAAUGACGAGAAAAAGUACUGGGAGACGCAAGCGCGACUUCUUCUGCAUGCAGAGCGGUGCGAGAAGAACGUAGUGAGAAAGGACAUAACGGACCAGGGAGCCGAGGAUGGAGCUAGCGAACAGAAAGAGGGUGAGCACAUAUUGCUGUGGGCAGUCUGCAACCUAGGUGAUCUUUACAUCGACCAGGGAAAGCUGGACAAGGCAGAGAACAUGUACACGCAGGCGCUAGAAGGAAGGUGGAAGGCUCUGGGAGCAGAGCACACGUCGACGCUUGACUCUGUUCACUGCCUUGCUAUUCUCUACAGGGAUCAGGGAAAGCUCGACAAGGCAGAGAACAUGUACAUGCAAGCGCUGCAAGGCUACAAGAAGGCGCUAGGGGAAGAUCACACGUCGAUACUUGGUACAGUCAACAACCUGGGCGACCUCUACAGAGAACAGGUAUACGAAAAGGCAGUUGUACCGGAAAGGAUCUCUACUUAUGUCCCAGCUCUCAACACAAUGUGGGCCCUUGGCUCGCUAUCUAACUGCUUAGGCCGUGUGGACGAGGCCAGAGCGUGGUACUCAAAAGCGCUCUGUGGCUACGAGAAGAUGUUUGGGGAAAGUCAUCCCAAGUGUCAGCCAUUGCGCGACAAUCUUCUCGCUCUGGAUGACACAGAGCAGGGCGGCAACGUCCCAUGCGGGACAGCAGUGCAGGAGCGAGUGUAUAGCGAAGGCUUUAUGGACCCCCGUCACUCACAGCCUGCACCGGCUUCAAGACGGCAUAGAGUGCUAAAGAAGCUGGGCUGGAAGCGGACAUGAAGCAGGCUGGCUGCAGGAUUCGCAAGUACUCA